GACCAAAACCCAACAUUACGACUGGGGUUUGGGCCCAAGAGAAUCCAGUUACUCUUUUUUCAAUCAAGAAUCAGAAUCAUUGUCGGUCUGGUAAAAAUUUUCCAACGUCGUUUCCAAACCUCGCGUCAACCCGACUCCGUCUCGGCUCCCGCCCUCCCAACGCCUCCCUAGUCUUGGCAUAAUUAUUAUUCCAAGCGACCCACCAGUGCAAUCUAUGUAUAGAAUAAGUUGGUGAUGAGAUUGUUGGUAGAGGAUGAUGGCAUUCCGCGGUGGUGAUUCUCUGAGAUGGGUUGUUGCUCUUCUGUCUCUCGCAUUGGCGAUUAUCCACCGAGUCAGCCUGAAUUCGGUGUCGGCGACGUGCGAGCUCAGUGUUGUUGACCGCAACAAACUCUACAACUACGGCCUUGCAUUACCCAUCCCCAGAUUCCCCCACGGUGUCCUCAGCGAAGAUGGGUUUUACAAGGUGCAAGUUAAUGAGACCGUGCUUUGGUUUCAGCUUUGCGAUGCAAUGAUUUUCAACCAUUAUCCACCUACAUGCGUUGACUGCCAGGACUGCAGGGGUCCAUCGCGUUGUGGCAUGGGUUGUAGUGCCCUUGUCUCUAACAAGAUAGCAGGUUAUCCUGUAUGUACUACUAUUGGGCAUACCUCAAGCAUGGGCAUUCAUCUGAUUGAUGAAAAGGAUCCCCACGCUGGUGUCACUGUUAAGAUGUCCAAUGGUGACCAGACACUCAACUGCUCACUUGCUGUGUCUGUGAUCUGUGAUUCCAGUGGAGUUCAAGGACCUCAGACACUGGAGACAGUUGGGACUUGCAAUUACGCUACAGUACUAAGGCAUCCUUCUGGUUGUGCCAACGUAGUAUCUGUUCAUGGGCAAGGCCUGGGUUGGUUUGGCACUUUCAUAAUUGUAAUCUUAUGUCUCUUUGGAGGGUAUCUGUUGUCGGGUAUUGUUUAUCGUUUUUUCUACCUUGGAGUUCGUGGUAUAGAUGUGGUUCCAAAUUUGGAAAUCUGGGCCAGCUUACCACAUAGAGCUCAGAGUAUUUACGCGUCCUUGUUGCGGAAAUUCAGAGGACCUUCUGAAAGUUAUCGAAGCUCCUAUUCUCGUGUCAACUUCUGAAUGUCAGCUCCCGUCCAACUUUUGCUGUGAAGUUUUCUUCAAUUGUUCCGGCUUUCCUGUUAGAAUUCUGCAAACUAAUGCAAUCAGAGUCAUAGGGAUUUGAACUAUCAGGUUAUUCUUCUACUACUUUUGCUGUCAUUCUUUUAGGGUUACUUAUACUUGUGCUUGGUUUCGGAGGUUAUGUAGCAUGUUGUGUGCCCAAGUGUCAGUUUCAGCACAGAACAAGGCAGGUUGAAAUAAAUGAAGUAUAAUUCAAGCAGAGAUCCUAAGAGGUUUUGUUCUUCUCUUUGGGCCAGGACUUUAAGUGAUAUAGUUUAAAGUGAAUUCUGAUUGAAAUGGUGUGGAGGCAUUUGAAAUAUGGAAAGUGACAACGUAAUUUGUUCCA